GAGACCGACCACGAGGCCGAACCAGCGCAGGCCCCAGCCCCGAGCAACGGACCCACCGAAGAGUCCUGGGCAGCUCUCGGGGGCAUCGACCUCCAACAAGAGCUCCGGAGAUUCGUGCCGACACUACAGAACGUGCCACGUUUCCUGCGCGCGGAGACCCGGAUGGCGUUCACCACGGCCCUGAAGAGGAUCAAGCGAGGACACGACCAGGGCAACCAAGCAACAACCCACCAAGGAUGGACACUGUUCCUCCUCGCCUCGAGGCUCCUGCUAAGCAAGCCCAAGGGUACCGACGCCGAGGGCCGACAAGAGCUCCUGGAACGCGCCCAACGGUUCCGCCAGGGCGACUGGCUGGCCCUGCUACACGAGGCCAACACCACGGCCGGCGCGCGCGCAGCGCCAAGGCCAGCCACAGAGGAGCAACAGCAGGAGAGACGCAGAGAACAGGCUUGCGCGCACGUCCGAAACGGCAACCCGUCACGGGGGAGACAGGUCUUGACCGCGGCGGCGAUUGCGCCCGGCAACGGGGAGACACUAAACAGGCUGCGGGACCCGGCCCGCCGACCGCCUACCCUGAGCCGCCGACUACCCGCCAACCUCGACCGCGCAACCGACAGAGCGAGACUCGACAAGACCAAAUUCCUCGCUUGCCUCCGGUCCGCCAAAAAGGGCACGGCAGCAGGACCGUCGGGGGUCCGCGUUGAGCACCUCAAGCCGCUGCUGGAACACGAAGAGUCCAUGGACCUGCUUGGAUUCGCCGCCGCUGCCCUCGCGGAGGCGCGGGUGCCCUCCCCGAUUGCCCGCGCUCUAGCCCUCUGCAAGAUGACGGGAGAGGGAGUGGAGCAGGGGGACGCGCUGGCCCCAGCCCUCUUCGCUCUUGCCCUGCACGGAGCGCUGGCGGGCGCAUCCAGGACCCUAGAGCAAGGGGACUUCCUAGUCGCUUUCUUGGACGACGUGUACAUCAAGACCACCCGGGCCAGGGCCAGAGCCGCUUUCGACACCACCACCGCGGCCUACUGGGGCGCUUGGGCAGACGCCCUACACAUGCUCCACCAACGGCGCCCCGUUGAAGCUGCAGCGAUCAGGGACCUCCUCGACGGCACCAGGCCCGGCCGUAGGGGCAACCUUGCCGCAGCCGCCGCGGCCGCACAGCUGCUCGAAACCGAAGGCUUUCGGAGACCUUCCUGGACCGACCUGCUCCAGGGGCUGCGCCCAGAAGCGCCGCCGCGCUCGGAGGCCGCCGAACCGGGGGAAUGGCAGCACGGCUGGCAGUUCCACGCUUGUUCCGCACGCAACACACACUACAGGGACAACGUGUUCAUGCCCAGCCUCACCAGGGCCAACCAGGCCAUGCUAAGGUCAGGCUCAGGACCGAGGGCCGCCUACUGGCUUCACACCUUACCCACCACCGAGGGGCACGUGUUCAAGCCCGCGCGGUUCCUGGCAGCCCUGCGCCGGCGCCUCAGGCUCCCGCUGCCGCUCCUCCCGCACACCUGCGGGGCAGCCGGCCACCCAGGCUGCCGGGCCCGGCUGGACACGCUGGGAGACCACCUAGCCGCGUGCCCACGCACGGGGCUUCUCGCCAGACGCGCGAAACCGCUCGAACGAGCUUGGGCGAGGGUCGCCAGAGAAGCAGGAGGGAGAGUUGUCCCCCAACAGCUGCUGCGGGACACUAACGCCGUUGUCCACAACCCGCUGGACCGCAGACAAUUAGACCUAGUCGUCUACGGCAUCUCGCCGAACGGCGUCCCGCUGUGCUGCGACAGCACCAUGGUGUCCCCCCUCCGCAGGGACGGCUGGCACCGGCCGCGCACCUUCGACACCGACGGCGCCGCGCUACUUGGGGCCGAAAGGCGCAAACGACGCAGGUACCACGAACUCACGACCGGCCAUUCAGGCCGCCUCAUGGUCCUCUCCUGCGAGGUCGGAGGCAGGUGGGGCCGCGAUUCCCUCCAGCUGGUACGCCUGCUUGCCAAGCAGAAGGCGCGGGCCGCGCCGGCCCUCCUCCGCCGCUCCGCGGAGCUCGCGUACACCAACCGCUGGUGGGGGUUCCUGAGCGUCGCGGCCCAGGACUCGCUCAUGGCCACCCUGACGGGCGACGGCUACCUAGCCUUGGGGGGAGCCGCCGGGGAGGACGACCCAGACCUGGCCGAAGUGCUGCUCGCAGACUCCGCCGGCCCACCCGCUAGCCGCCUGCCAGCGCGCCCCUGA